AUGGCACACAAAAUAAAGAACAUCAAUGCAACUCUAUCGGAUCUCAAGAGCGAGGCAUCUUUCAUUGGGUUAGUUGCAAGAAGAAUAGAUUCUACAUUAUCCCCACAAGGCAUGGGGAACAGAGAAACCGUCUCAAGCUUUGAUCAUGAUGAAAAGAUCUUUGGUAGGGACGAGAUUGUGUCUGGUAUAAUCGCAACCUUGAUUGACUCCAACAAUCGGGAAAAAUACCUUUCGGUUAUGGUGAUUGUGGGAAUGGCGGGACUCGGAAAGACAACUUUGGCUAAAGCAAUAUACAAUGACAAUCGUUACAUUGACAAACAUUUUGAAACCAAAAUUUGGGUGUGUGUAUCUACCACUUUCGACGUUAAUUCAAUUUUGAGACGGAUUUUGGAAUUACUUAACUCAACAAAUACUGGACUAACAAGUCAGGAGGCAUUGCUUCAAAACCUCCAAAAAGAGUUGAUGGGGAAGAGAUAUAUUCUCGUACUAGAUGAUGUGUGGAAUGAAGAUGAUAUGUUAUGGAGCAGUUUGAUGAGUUGUUUGUCAAAACUCAAUUCUGCUCAUGGAAGUGUCAUGAUUGUUACUACUCGCAGUGCCAAAGUUGCAUCAAUCGCAGAAACACUUCCGAGGUGUGACUUGGUGAAUUUAUCAGUAGAGGAUUGUUGGUCCAUAUUAAAAGGUGAAGCUUUUCCAUACGGAUGUGCUCCUUUAGCUUCAAUUCAUGAGAGAAUUGGAAGGGCAAUUGCUGAAAAGUGUGCUGGUGUACCAUUGGUGGCAAAGGUUUUGGGAAGCUUGAUGCGAUCUAAAAAUAGUGCAGAUGAAUGGUUAAUAAUUCAAGAAAGUAAAAUAUGGGAAUUACCUGAAGGAGAGGAUAGAAUCAUGUCAGUUUUGAAGUUGAGUUUUGAUAGUUUGAAAUCACCAUAUUUGAAACAAUGUUUUGCGUGUUGCUCAAUGCUGGAAAAAGAUUUUGAAAUUGAAAGAGAUGAUUUAAUUCAACUCUGGAUGGCUCAAGGAUUGCUCCACUCUCAUGCUAAUCUAGAGAUGGAGGAUAUUGGUAAUGAAUAUUUUAAUAGUCUGUUGGAAAACUCAUUUUUCCAAGAUGUUAUAAAGGACGACUGUGACUCUAUCAUCAAAUGCAAGAUGCAUGAUCUUGUGCAUGAUCUCGCAGAACUAGUGUCGAAAUAUGAUGGGGAAGAUAAACUUAAAAUUCGAAGCAAGACAGAGAUGUCGUCUCUAAUACUAGGGCUGGGCAAACGGGGCCUGGACCCGCGGGUAGGGGCGGGUCCAAGCGAUUCGGGGCGGGUAUGGGGCGGGUACUGUUUUUAA